AUGAGCGCCACCAAAGUCGUCACCGACGCCGAGCGACGGUUUGGAGAGUCGCCCAACGAACGCGAUGCCAGAGUUGAGCGUCUCUGGUCCAGACUGGACCCUACCGGGAAGGGGGAAUUGGACUUGAAGGGCCUACAGAAGGGUUUUCGGCGCAUUGAUCACCAGUUUCGCAAAUUCGUCGAGAAAACCGACCGACAGUUGUUUUUGCUUUUUCAGGCCAUAGAUAAGGAUGGCAACGGCAAACUUGACGCCGCCGAGCUCCAAACGGCCUUUCGCACAGCCGGUCUGAGCGUUUCAAACCGUCGAGUUGCCGACUUCUUCCACGACUUGGAUAGGAAUAAUGAUGGAUUUGUCAGUUUUGAAGAAUGGCGAAACUUUCUCCUGUUCAUGCCAGCCUGUGAACACGACUCCCAACUCCAAGCCGUCCUAUCCUACUAUGAUUCCGUCGUCAAUGUCACACCGGAGGGAGAUUCUCUUGUCAGUGACGAAACUUUGGAAGGUUUAGGUACGGAUGAGUUAUCAUCUAGCUCUCUUUUCUAUUCUCUUUUCGGCUCCCUAGUUAGGGUCGCGUCUCCUUUACCUCCUGCGACAAUACCAGCUGGGUCUCCUGCAGCUCCCACACAAGACAACAACACGACAACUACAGACGCACACAUACAAACAGACGCUGUGCAGGUCCUAUCAAAACCUGGAGUGAACGCCGUGGCGAGUGCAGAUGAAGACGGCGACAGUAUCACACAUAAGACCACACAGCGGCGACGGUUAGUCGCAACAAAACCCACACGAUUAGAACCUUUAAAAUCCACAAAGUCUACACAGCGAGUUGGCGAUGGCACCUCAGAACAGCUCAUGGAAGAACCGCCACAAUAUUCGGCAGGAGUUGAAAGCAGGGCCCAAAAGAAGUUCAAACUGACAGAUUUUGCUCCUGAUCCAGGUUACUUCCUAUCGGGUGCCAUCGCCGGCGGAGUCUCUCGUACGGCCACCGCGCCGCUCGACCGAUUAAAGGUCUAUUUGCUGGUCAACACCAGCACCAGCUCCGAGACUGCGGUAGCCGCCAUCAAGCAACGUCGCCCUAUUGCGGCGGUAAAGAAUGCGCUUAGACCUAUCAGCAACGCCGUCAAAGACUUGUUCCGCAACGGCGGUAUCAGAAGUUUCUUUGCCGGCAACGGUCUGAAUGUGCUCAAAAUUAUGCCCGAAACAGCCAUCAAAUUUGGGUCGUACGAAGCAGCCAAGCGAGCUCUGGCCAACUUUGAAGGCCAUGGUGACCCCAGACAUAUCAACUCGUAUUCAAAAUUCACCGCAGGCGGUGUUGCUGGCAUGAUUGCACACGCAUUGGUCCGCCAGACGGCUGUUAAGAUGUACGCUGAUGGCGGCAUUCGAGCGUGUUACCGUGGUGUGACUAUGGGUCUCGUGGGCAUGUUCCCGUACAGUGCCAUAGACAUGGCCAUGUUUGAGCUGCUAAAAAAUUCAUAUCGGACGCACUACGCUAGGCAUGCCGGUUGUCAUGAGGAGGAUGCGAACCCUGGCAACAUCGCCACGGGCAUGAUCGGUGCGACAUCUGGGGCGAUUGGUGCCACGGUUGUAUACCCGCUCAAUGUGGUACGAACACGCUUGCAGACACAAGGAACCGUGAUGCACCGAGCAACGUAUACUGGUAUAUGGGAUGUGACUCAAAAGACCAUUCAAAGGGAGGGAUAUCGUGGUCUCUAUAAGGGAUUGACGCCAAACUUGCUCAAGGUUGCACCUGCAUUGAGCAUCACGUGGGUGGUGUAUGAGAAUUCGAAGUCCGUCCUCGGAUUACAAUGA